AUGACGAUUUGUAGUUCGCCAAAAAGUUAUUUUAAUAUAAAUGCUAAUGACCCUUCUCCACUUGUGAGUGAUGUUGUUCCUGUCCUACCUGCGAGUAAUGCAGACUUAAUGCCCAAAAGUUCUCUUGGUGUAGAAGUUAAUGUCCCUGUCCCAAAUGUGAGCGAUGCAAACUUACCGCCAACCAAUGAGAUGCAAGUUCCCAGAAAUGAAACGCCUUGUCCGUUUAUUUUGAGGCGUGGCUGGUGCUUAAAAGGUGAACAGUGCGACUUUUCUCAUCGAAAUAUGGUUAAUAAUGAUCAAGCUCGCCAGCAUUCCAACGAUAAAAAAGGCUCCAUAUUUUGUCCGUUUCUACGUAAGAAGGGCUAUUGUUUGAAAGAAUCCAGAUGUGAUUUUUCCCAUGUCGAACCCUAUUCGUAUCCAACUGGAAAUCAUCCGGUAACAAAUGAUAACUUACAAUGCCCCCAAUUACAUCCUUUUUUAGGAAGUCACGACCUACAAAAUAUUCCGACUUUGAUGCGCCAACUCGAAACAAGAUUACAGAGUCUCGAGUAUGCUCAAAUACCUCACCCCCCUUAUCACCGGUAUUCAGUGUCUCAACCGCUGUUCCCUCCACCAAAAUCAAUGUAUCCACGACCACUAAUGAUGACCCCAGUUCAUCCCCCUCAGUAUUUACGUCGCCCACGCGACAAAAUGAACGAGCAGUAUCCCCCAAAUUACCUUCUGCGCCCACGCGACAUAACGAACAAGCAGUAUCCCCCAAAUUACCUUCCGAGGCCAUGGUUACCCCAACCCUGGCCAACGCACCCACCAUUUCCACGUCGUAUGUAGCUCGUGAUAACAAUUUCCCGCUCCCUACCCUGCUGGUGGCCAAUGUCCGUUCUAUAAUUAAUAAAAUAGACGAACUAGAGUUGGUAGCUCAAAUUAACCAAGUUGAGGUCAUAUGCAUUACUGAAUCUUGGCUUAACACCUCUGUUGUGGACUCAAUGAUUUCGUUAUCGAACUUCAUCCAAUUCAGAAAUGAUCGCACAUACUCCUGCGGUGGCGGCGUUUCCAUUUAUAUUAAAGAAGAAAUUUACUGUAGGAGGCUCGAGCAUUUCGAAGAUUCAGCCAUUGAAUCCCUAUGGUUACUACUUAGACCUAAGCGUUUACCAAGAUCUAUAUCCGCUCUUCUACUUGCAGUCAUUUACCACACCACCUCCUCCGGCGCCAACGAGAACUUUGAACUGUACAACCAUAUCCAGCGUAAUGUCGAAUCCUUCCUUUCUCUGCAUCCUGAUGGUCUCGUGUUUGUGACUGGGGAUUUUAACCCUGUCCGUACAUUAUUUGAUGAAAAACGGUUGAAAAGAUUGUCCGGUUUAACUCAAAUUAUUAAUGUCCCAACAAGUCACAACGCCAUAUUGGAUUGGUGUCUCACAAAUGCCAAGAAAGUCGUUUUUGAUGUAAGCCGGCCUCCUCCUAUUGGCUCGAGCGACCAUAAUGUUAAAGUGGCACGUAGAAAGUACUAUGCCAAUUCCGUGCAGAAGUUGAAAAGUGCAAACCCUUCCAGAUGGUGGAAAGAGGUUAAAUCCAUAGGGGGCCUCUCUUCUCGGGAAUCUUGGGUACAUCAACUACUUUCUGAAGUAAACCCCACCUGUGAGGGCCUUGCUGAGUCAUAUAACGGAUAUCUUGUUGGACUUACUUCGCAUUUUAAACCCUUGUUAGAAUGCACCGAUGACCAGGAGACAGAAGUUCCCAACCAUCUACUCGUAAAUAUAGGGCAAGUUUAUUCAGUGUUGCGACGUCUUAAAACGACGAAGUCUCCUGGCCCAGAUGGUAUCCCAAAUAGGAUCCUGAAAACCUUCGCUUUUGAAUUUGCCCUAUCAUAAUGGACAUAUACAAUACAUCAGUGCUCCAGGGAGUCUUCCCUGAUCAGCUAAAACGUUCUAUCGUCGUUCCCAUUCCAAAAGUGUCACCACCUCAGACUAUUGAGGACGAUUUAAGACCUAUAUCACUCACAGCUCAGGUAUCUAAAGUGAUGGAAGGAUUUAUGCUACAGUCCUUCAUGUCGGAAGUGGGUCUUAAAUUGGACCCAAAGCAAUUUGCUCUUCCGGGAAAGUCAAUCACUCAGGCACUCGUUUAUCUCCUCCACUUGAUUCAUGCUGCUUUAGAUCAAGGCCACUGCUCUGUAAGAAUCUUUUUUGCUGAUUUCAAAAAAGGUUUUGAUCUCGUCGACCAUAAUGUCAUUAUUGAUGAACUUUUAAAAUUACAAGUGAGUCCUGCCAUUAUAAGAUGGAUAAAGUCGUUCCUUACCUCCCGCGAACAGUGUGUUAAAAUCGGACCAUCCUUUUCCUCAUGGAAACCCGUUAACGGUGGCCUACCUCAAGGACCUAAACUUGGCCCUCUUCUCUUUGCCAUUUUGGUCAAUUCCCUCCUACAGGACUGGAAUGGGCGGAUAAAGUUUGUAGACGAUGCUACUGCACUAGAAAUUGUUCCACGUUGCUCUCCUAGCUUGCUACCUAUUCUUGUAAAUGAUGUAUCUCAGUAUGCCUCAAGUAGAGGAAUGAAGCUUAACAGUAAGAAAUGUAAGGAGAUGACAAUAUCCUUCCUCCAAUACCACCUUCCACUUGAUAAUGCGAUCUAUAUAGAUGGUUCGCCAGUGCAAUCAGUAUCCUCCUUUAAACUGCUCGGUGUGCUACUGAGAGAGGAUCUAUCUUGGUGUGAUCAUGUCGACUAUGUGAUUAAAAAAGCAAAUUCCAGACUCUAUGCAUUGCGGAAGUUAAAAAGGCUGGGUUAA